AUGGCCAGCAGCGAAUAUUUCUCCAUGAUGUUUGUCGACGAGGGAGAGAUCGGCCAGUCCAUCUACAUGCUGGAAGGGAUGGUGGCCGACGCGUUUGGCGCCCUGCUGGAAUUUAUCUAUACUGGCUACCUGCAGACGAGCGAAAGAAGCACAGAGCAAAUCUUGGCCACGGCUCAUCUCCUCAAAGUGAACGACUUAAUAAAAGCAUACACAGAUCAUCAGAAGAGCCCUACUCUGAACAAUCCGCCCUCCGCCGUCCCUGGCAGUGAGGCCGCCGUUGUCGUUUUUGUGGACGACACAAAAAGCGAGGGUCCGCCAAAGCGGAAACGUGGAAGACCCAGGAAAGUUAAGAACGUUCUGGAGGAAAAAUUGGACACGCCUUCCGCUGACGACGCGCAGUUGAGGGAGAACAACUCCGUUCACAACCGGCAAGAUUUCGCGAAGAAGGGUGUUGUCGUAGAAGAGAGGAAUUCCGAUGAGUUGACUGGGGUAAACAAAGACGGAGGAGAAAUUGAGCGUGCUUGCAGUUCGGAUGCUGUCGUGGCCGGGGCGACCGAAAAAGAUGAAAAUUGCGAUCCCAAGUCCCAAAGCAUACAGGCUGGUCAGAGUCAAUACAGCAAACGCAGGAUUCGGAGAUCAGUCAAAUUAAAAGACUAUAAGCUGAUGGGUGAUGAAGAGGGCAGCGGGCUGAAAAAGAGAGCCGGGGGGAGACGAAAACACACGGGCUCCGAAGUCCAGUGCAAAGACUGUGGGAAGCUGUUUAAAUAUAACCAUUUUUUAGCUAUUCACCGAAGAAGUCAUACAGGGGAACGCCCGUUUAAGUGCAAUGAAUGUGGCAAAGGCUUCUCCCAAAAACACUCCCUUCUCGUUCAUGAGCGAAUGCACACAGGGGAACGGCCGUACAGGUGCACCGUCUGCAGCAAGGCUUUGACAACAAAACAUUCGCUUCUGGAGCACAUGAGCCUGCAUACAGGACAGAAGGCUUUUACUUGUGAUCAGUGUGGAAAAUACUUCAGUCAGAAGAGACAACUUAAAAGUCAUUACAGAGUCCAUACAGGCCAUUCGUUGCCCGAGUGCAGCCAAUGUCAUCGCAAAUUCAUGGACGCGGCUCAGUUAAAGAAACAUUUAAGAACACACACAGGUAAAAAACCCUUCACAUGUGAAAUCUGUGGCAAGUCUUUCACAGCGAAGAGCUCUCUCAGACUCACAUCAGAAUACACAGAGGAGAAAAGCCAUACUACGUGUGGGAUUUUGCGGGGAAAUCGCUUUUCCGACUCCAAGCGCCAAGAGGAGGACACUGCAUCUUGCUACACGGGCAAAAAGCCUUUCUCCUGCUCCGAGUGGCAACGUGCAGUUCCCCUUGCCCGCCCUGGGACAACCCUGAAGUCCCAUUUGAAGAUCCACACCAAAGAGAAGCAGUGCAGGAAAGGGACGGGGGGGCUCCUGGCAGCUGACGGCACCCGAGGAAGUCUGCGGCAUCACUUCAGCUGCAGCAGUAUCAGCUGUCCUCCUCUGGGGCGCAAGAGAUCCAACUACUGGUUACGGGAUUCCAUGCACAAUAUAAAUUUUAUGCCCAGCCAUAACCAAGGCGUUAGCAUCGUCACCGCUGACGGGUCCCCGAACGUGAUGGCGGACCAUUCGAACAGUCUCACCCUCCUGGCGCAGGCCCCCCAACAGCUGCUCCCUUCGUCCCAACCCGGAACCGACCUGAUAAGAUGCAGGGCCUCAAUAUGGUGA